AUAACUGCGGUAGUCGAACUGCCAUCAUCAGAAUAGSUUUCUAGUUACAUUCUGAGUCCACUCUAAUAAGUUAAUCUUUUACAAAUUUCUCUCAUCUAGAUUCUCCUCCGGGUUAUCAGGAACUGUGAAAUGACGAAAUUAGCGAAUGUGGAAGAAAUUCUGCCAGCGUUUCCGGCAAAGAAGAACGAUAUGUUUAUCGCCACGUGCGUUCUGCAACAGCGGGCGGCCRAAAUAAGGAACCUGAACCCUGAUUGGGCUUCCUAUUUACACACUCAAAUCAUAUCGCAAGACGUAUUCGACUUCAUCAACGCCUAUGUCGUGACCGACGCCAAGAGCCAAUUUUUAAAUGACAAUCGUGCACGGUUAGCAAAGGCCUUUUUCAGUCUAUUGGAACACAUCUCUAAGGAAUCAAACAUACAAUAUAUACUCGUUUUGAUUGAUGAUUUGUUGACCGAAAACCGAUCACGUGUGGAAAUAUUUCACGAAUAUGCUUUUAAAAAAAACGAACCAGUAUGUGGUAAAUUUUUGAACCUAUUGAACGCUGAGGAUGGGUUUAUAAGUAAAAUGUCGGCACAAAUUAUAGCAAAGUUUGCCUGYUAUUCAACUGACCUCAUAAAUCAAACUGACCUUCAAUUUUACUUGAGUUGGAUUAAUAAACAAUUGCUAUCUGCUAACAAUGAAUACAUACAUUCGGUUGUUCGCUGCUUACAAAUGUUACUUCGUCGCGAUGAAUAUAGAACUGCAUUCAUAUAUUCUGUUAAUGGUAUAUCUACUCUUUUGAGUUUAUUAUCAGGGCGUGUUAACUUCCAAAUUCAAUAUCAACUGAUAUUCUGCGUAUGGGCUAUGACAUUUAAUCCAAGUUUGGCUGAGCGAAUAAACGAAUUUAAUGUUAUUCCAAUUUUGGCAGAUAUUCUUAAUGACUCUGUUAUAGAAAAAGUCACACGAAUUAUUCUUGCUGUAUUCCGGAAUUUAAUUGAAAAACCAAAAGAUAACACUAUUUCCAUAGAACAUUGCAUUGCAAUGGUCCGUUGCCAAGUUUUAAAACAACUUAGUAUUUUUGAACAGAGGGAAUUUAAUGAUGAAGAUAUUGUUGAGGAUAUACAGUUUUUAAAUGAACAUCUACAAGCAUCUGUGCAAGAUUUUAGUUCCUUUGAUGGUUAUGAAACCGAAGUAAAAUCUGGUCAAUUAGAAUGGAGCCCUGUGCAUAAAUCAGUACAAUUCUGGCAAGAAAACGCAUCUCGUUUAAAUGAAAAAAAUCAUGAACUUUUGCGUAUCUUAGUGCACUUGUUGGAAACAAGUAGAGACCCACUUGUUUUGUGUGUAGCUAGUUUUGAUGUUGGUGAAUAUUUAAGACAUUAUCCACGUGGUAAACUUAUAAUUGAACAGCUUGGUGGAAAACAAAUUUUUAUGCAACUGUUAUCACACGACAAUCCAAAUGUACGGUAUGAAGCACUCUUAGUUGUACAAAAACUUAUGGUGCACAAUUGGGAGUAUCUUAGUCGUCAGUUGGAGAAAGAACAGAGUACCAGUAAAGACAGAACCGCUAAUAUUACAGAAAAACCUUAAAAGUUAUUUGUACAAAAAAUACACUUCAAAAUAUACAAAUUAACUAUGUACAGUUGUUAAAGUUUUCAUUUUGUAGAUUUCUCAUAAAUACAACACUAGGUUGAAAAGAUUAAUAUAAUAUAAUAACUUCUUUUCUGUUUAUUUAUUUAUCAUAAUUAAAGGGAGUAAGCCCUAUUGGCUAUUGCAAUAUUCAUG